GGCCGAGCCACAGUGUGCUUGCAAUGCCGUGUGGAAGCCGAAGCCGCACCUCCCGCAUGGCCCCUCCGGCCAGCCGGGCCCCUCAGAUGAGAACUGCACCCAGGCCAGCACCAGCAGCUCAGCCACCAGCAGCAGCCCCACCAUCUGCAGCUGGCUCACCUGCUGCUGCACCCCGGCAGCCAGGUCUGAUGGCCCAGAUGGCAACCACUGCAGCAGGUGUGGCUGUGGGCUCUGCAGUUGGGCACACACUGGGUCAUGCCGUGACUGGGGGUUUCAGUGGAGGACGUAACGCCGAGCCAUCAAACCCUGACAUCACUUACCAGGAGCCUCAGGGAAGCCAGCUGGCACAGCAGCAGCAGGCUGGCCCUUGCUACUAUGAGAUAAAACAGUUUUUGGAAUGUGCCCAGAACCAGAGCGACCUAAAGCUCUGUGAGGGUUUCAUUGAAGUGCUGAAACAGUGCAGACUUGCGAACGGAUUAUCUUAAUCAAGAAGUUCAAACUGAAGAAAUGAAAAAUCGGCUCUCAAGAGCAAGUUAAUUUAGUAAUUAAUA